GAGUUGAACGAACGGUCUACUCAAGCUCCUGAGAGCGAGCGGAAUAGCCUGGCUUCCGUCAAGCGAGGUCAGCCACAAAGGGAAAGAAGAAAGAGUGAGCGAGAAAGCGGUGAGCUUACUCUUUAA